GGUCACCCUCCAAGAUGGCGGCGCCCAUGAAGCCCAGCAACACAGCAACGACAAACAAGAAAAAACAUCUGGGAAUCCCAGAGGCGGUGUUUGUGGAGGACAUUGACACUUUCAUGAAGGCGCCAGGGAACGAGACGGCGGACCGAGUGCUGAAGAGACUCAACGAACAAUUCCAGAAGUAUCAGUUCAUGGAGCUCAAUCUGGCCCAGAAGAAGCUCCGGUUAAAAAAUCAGAUACCACACAUUAAGCAGACCUUAGAAAUGUUAAGACACAUGCAGAAGAAGAAAGACGUGACCGGCCCAAUGGAGACACACUUUCUGUUGGCGGACAAUGUGUACUGCAAAGCCUUGGUACCAGCCACAGACAAAGUGUGCUUGUGGCUUGGGGCAAAUAUCAUGCUGGAAUAUGACAUUGAUGAUGCACAGCUGCUGCUGGAGAAGAACCUUGCCACUGCUUCCCGGAACCUGGAUUCAGCUGAGGAAGACAUGGACUUCCUGCGAGAUCAGUUCACUACCACUGAAGUCAACAUGGCACGAGUCUACAACUGGGAUGUUAAGAGGAGAGCUAGAGACAGUCUUUCUAAAAUAGAGCAUGUGUCUUGAAGCUCAAGCCAAAGCCCAAAACUCACAGACAACACAUCUUGUGCUCCAGGACUUGGUCACACUGUUGUCUAUUAUAGGGACUUUUAAAACAUACUUUGAAGAACAAAUAAUGUGCAGUAUUUAAUGCUGGAUGCCAAGUGAAUAACUUAUUAAUUUUUUCCAUUUUGUUUUGUUUGUGAUAAUCUUAGCUGGCAAUGGCUGCAUCACGGCUCUGUACAAAAUUUUUGAUGUGAAGUAUGUAGUAAAAUGAGAUAUUGUGUGGAAAUUGCCUGCAGUGCUCACAGAUUUGUGGUGUAUUUAGAGCAAGAUGGAAAGAACUUGCCUUACAUGUCAUUUCAUGUUGCGCUAAUAUUGCAUCAGGAGCCCUACAAAGGUCCUAAGGGCCCAUUCCUCUCACACGCUUCAUCCUCUUCCUUUAAUUCCAGCUUUGUAAACAUGGCAUAGCCCCUUUUUUCUAACUCUGACCAUAUUUAUUUUUGUAUUAACUUGCUAUGAAACUGUUGAAAAGAAAUCUGUGUGUGUUGCUGCUGGCAAAUGUGAUCAUUUCCUGUUUUUAUGUUUUCUACGGGUUGACAUUACUAUAAAUGUAGUCUCCAUAAAAUGGAAUGUGAUUCACAGAAUAAUUGAUUGUCAUAUGUGUUGUUUUGAUGGUUAUAUACAGUUUUGCCCUAUAUGAUUGAUAUUAAGUUAAUUCACCUGUAUAAAUGGAUUUGAGGGUGCAGAUAAUUUCACUCAAACUGGAUGCAAGUCUUAGACUGUUGGUCGUCCUAUAGCUCUGCACUAGUUGCCAACAGCUGCUGAUUUUUGUUGGUUUCACAGUUAACAGCCUCUCAUUUUUCCAAAUAAAAUUUCAGGAUAUAUAUGUGUGUGUAUACACACACAUACAAUU